AAGGAAUGAACACUUGGAUGAAUGAAUGAAUGAAUAAAUGAAUGGGAAUGGUUUUGACUUCGCCCUAGAACUAGCAAAAAGUUUGGGUAAUGGCAGUUUCAGUCAUUUUGUAUAGCCUGAUAUUGGACUCUUUUUUCCAUGCCCUAGGAAAAAUAUUCCCAAGUACUGCAGUACCUGUCUUCUUAAGAAAUUGAACUCAGUAUCAAAGGAAAGUCUAUUCAAAACCAGGAAGUGUGGAGCAGGUAGAAUCUGUCUUCGAAAUUGUCCCUGAGAGGGCGCUGUUUCCAAACCAAACCUUUAGAGGCCUGGAAUGAAAUACCGGCGUGUCCCCGCAGGACUCAGCUCAGCAUUCCUGUCUUCCCAGGCAGCGGUUGCGGGUCCCCAGGGAAGCUCCUGCCCACACUCAUGGCGGCGCCCUGAUCAGCUUCUCCUCGUUGCCACUGGCCGGCCGGCCCGGCCUUGCCAGUACUCGGGGACUUCCUCCGCGAGCCCGCUUCCUGCACGGCUGGCAUUUAAACCGGCGCCUGGGGCUGUGGGCUGCGGCUACGGAUGCUGAGCUGUCCGCGGGCUGGGCAGCGCCACCACCUCCCCAGAGCCGCGGCCUGGCAGGAGCGGUGCCAAAGCAUCCCCUCAGUGCACUCGGGCCCGAGCAGGGAGGGGCGGUCUGCAGGGAGAUCCGGGACGCCGGCAUCGGACCCGGCAUCUGGCAGUUUAAUUGCAGGUUUGACUUCCAUUUCCAAGAUCGCAACUCUCCUGCCCAGCCACAUUAUAUUUGCCCUCCCUCCGGCCUUGGUUGCUGGAUGAGGCAGGAGCUGGACUUGGUCCCAGGAGCUUGGACAGAGCGCCUUCCCCGCCGCGCGCCAUCGCCCUAGGGAUCUCGAGCCGCGCACCCCGGCCAUGGUGCGGCUGAGCCCCGCGCUCGGGUGAGGCGGCGGCGCAGCUCGGAGCCCGAAGGGUCAGCCCUGCGGGGCGCCUUCCCCAGGAGCCCACGGCGCCGGGACUGCGCGCGGGGGGCGAGCGGGGGCCGCGAUGUUCAGCUGGCUGGGUUCCGACGACCGCCGGAGGAAGGACCCCGAGGUCUUCCAGACGGUGAGCGAAGGGCUCAAGAAACUCUACAAGGGCAAGCUGCUGCCGCUGGAAGAGCAUUACCGCUUCCACGAGUUUCACUCGCCCGCCCUGGAGGAUGCCGACUUCGACAACAAGCCCAUGGUCCUACUGGUGGGCCAGUACUCCACUGGGAAGACCACCUUCAUCAGGUACCUACUGGAACAGGAUUUCCCAGGCAUGCGGAUUGGGCCUGAGCCCACCACUGACUCCUUCAUUGCCGUGAUGCAGGGGGAGGUGGAGGGCAUCAUCCCUGGGAAUGCCCUGGUGGUGGAUCCUAAGAAACCCUUCAGGAAACUGAACGCCUUUGGCAAUGCCUUCUUGAACCGGUUCGUGUGUGCCCAGCUGCCCAACCCCGUGCUGGAGAGCAUCAGCAUCAUCGACACACCAGGAAUCCUCUCCGGAGAGAAGCAGAGGAUCAGCCGAGGGUACGACUUUGCGGCUGUCCUCGAGUGGUUCGCCGAGCGGGUGGACCGCAUCAUCCUGCUCUUUGACGCCCACAAGCUGGACAUCUCUGAUGAGUUCUCAGAAGUCAUCAAGGCCCUGAAGAACCAUGAGGACAAGAUGCGGGUGGUGCUGAACAAGGCCGACCAGAUUGAGACGCAGCAGCUGAUGCGGGUGUAUGGGGCCCUCAUGUGGUCCCUGGGGAAGAUCGUAAACACCCCUGAGGUGAUCCGGGUCUACAUCGGCUCCUUCUGGUCCCACCCGCUUCUCAUCCCUGACAACCGGAAGCUCUUUGAGGCUGAAGAGCAGGACCUGUUCAGAGAUAUCCAGAGUCUGCCCCGAAACGCUGCUCUGCGCAAGCUCAAUGAUCUCAUCAAGAGGGCCAGGCUGGCCAAGGUCCACGCCUACAUCAUCAGCUCUCUGAAGAAGGAGAUGCCCUCAGUGUUCGGGAAGGAUAACAAGAAGAAGGAGCUGGUGAACAACCUGGGGGAGAUCUACAGCCGGAUCGAGCGGGAGCACCAGAUCUCACCCGGGGACUUUCCCAACCUGAAGAGGAUGCAGGACCAGUUGCAGGCCCAGGACUUUAGCAAAUUCCAGCCACUGAAAAGCAAGCUGCUGGAUGUGGUGGAUGACAUGCUGGCCCAUGACAUCGCCCAGCUCAUGGUGCUGGUGCGCCAGGAGGAGACCCAGCGGCCCGUCCAGAUGGUGAAGGGCGGAGCAUUCGAGGGCACUCUGCAUGGCCCCUUUGGGCACGGCUAUGGGGAGGGGGCUGGGGAGGGCAUCGAUGAUGCUGAGUGGGUGGUUGCUAGGGACAAGCCCAUGUACGAUGAGAUCUUCUACACCCUGUCGCCAGUGGAUGGCAAGAUCACAGGUGCCAAUGCCAAGAAGGAGAUGGUGCGCUCCAAGCUGCCCAAUAGUGUGCUAGGCAAGAUUUGGAAGCUGGCUGACAUCGACAAAGAUGGCAUGCUGGAUGACGAGGAGUUCGCACUGGCCAACCACCUCAUUAAGGUCAAGCUGGAAGGGCAUGAGCUGCCCAACGAGCUGCCUGCCCACCUCUUGCCCCCAUCCAAGAGGAAAGCUGCCGAGUGAUGAGGGGAAGGGGGAGGUUAGAGAAGGGGCAGGUCAGUGUUAGAGAAGAUGGGAGAGGCAAUUACACAUGCACAUGUGCACACACACACACACACACACACACACACACACACGCAUGCAGAUCUUGAAACCUACACUGAAGAUUUGAAGGGACAGUGACCCCCAGGUUUCCAGGCUGAUCUCUGGACACAUCUCCAAGUUCUCAGCCUUGGUAGAAGCACAGGAGUACUUCUAGAGCUCCAGGUUUCAAGCCUAGGUCUCCAGCCCCCUUUCCAUCCACUGCCGCUACCUAGAGAUCUGCCUUCUGAUCCACAGAGGCAGUUUGCUCGCCACAGAUGGCCCACCCCCUCCAGAUUCCCCAGACUUGGAGCAGAUGGAGAAGGCUUUCAUUUAGUAGGCAAUUCACUUUGUUUUCUGUGCUUUCUUCCCAUCUCUGGCUUCCUAAGAGGAAAUCUGCUCUGGGACCAGGUGUGGGGGAAGGCGGGCCGCUGCGGGGAGGGAAGGAAGGAAGCAUCCUCGGGGUCCCAGGUCCCAGACAUGAAGAGACAUGGCCCUGAGCUCUGUUCUUUCCCAUGCUCAGGCUCUGUCUGCCACGGCAAACCUUGAACCCUGAUAGAAUUUCAUUUCAAAGAAUCCCAGAUUCAGUGAGAGAAGAGAAAAGUCGGGGGGAAAGAAAGCAAAGACACUGUUCUGUUGUCCUCCACUCCAAGCCAGUCGAGGGAGUUUUAUUCCACAGAUUUUGUGAGACUCCUGAUUUUUUCACUUGGCCUCUGAUGUUUGGAUGCUCAGACUCAACUCACAUUUACAAGCCCCUCCUGUGCAUCAGGAGCUGUGUUAGGCACUUUAUAUACAUUAUCCCACAUUAUCCUCACCAUCCCUCAAGGAAGGACGUGUUAGUGCCCCCCCUUUGCAGUUGAGGAGCCUGACACUCAGAGGAGUUUAGGUGACCUUCUCAAAGUCACAGGGGUCACAUGUAAUGGGUAGAGGAUUCAGAGCUGGGGCCUCCAACUUUUGCCUCUGCUGUGACGAUGGGCAGGAGCCCAGCCUUGCUGGCUGACAACAAACCACGGAAAACAAGCUGAGUGUGAGGGCCCUGCACAGCCCCCCAGAGCAGGCUGGCGAGGGAAAAGGACCAGCCAGCAUUUGGUGGGGCCAUCAGUCUGGCCAUCUGUCACAUCACAGAAACAAACCGUGCCAUCUGGCUGUGGACCCCAUGUUCCUAAAACUGUAGACGUCCAACAGCACCAGUGGGAGAGUGGGCGCGCCUGUCCCUAUCAGCCUCCACCCAGCAGCGUGAAUCAUCUCAGCUCGAAUGCAGCCCCUGACUCCUAUCAAAAGGGGCCUCGUGCUGAUGCUCAGGAGGCGAACUUGAGAGGACUGACUUGUUCUUGCAAGACCCCCGGCGGUUGCGGCAACCUUGGCAAAGCCCCACUGUUUUCAACAUUCUUCACCCUCCAUGGUCUCUCCCUCAGCUUGCUUUGUGGCCCCUGAGCCAGUCACUUUGUAUGCUAUGCUCCUACUGUGAUGGAAAGAAAAAUGAGUAUAACUUAUUUUAUAUCUAUGUUCAGACUAUACAGAGAAUGUUCUAUGUAUCUAUGAUGUGCUUACUACUGCAGUACAUUCGUCAUUAGUAUUCAUGUUAAUAUAGCACACUUAUUAUCCUUUGGUA